AAUAAAUACGCCGCUGAAAAUAAGAAAUGUUACUCCGAGAACAGGACUGGAAUCAAAAUGUUUCUUCAUUUUGGAAUAUUACUUCUUUUGUCCCAAGGACUCUUUGGGGAAGUGAACAUUUCGGAAGCUAUAGAUGGAGACAGCCGUAUAAUUGGUGGCAAAGCUGCCACUCCAGGCAUGGCUAAGUACCAAGUUUCAAUUCGUGGUCAUAAAGGAAAGGAAGAAUGGCACACUUGUGGAGGUUCUAUUAUAAAUCAACAGUACAUCUUAACUGCCGCGCAUUGCAUUGUUGGGAAACAAGCCAACGACUUGUCUAUAGUAGUUGGCAGUCACCAGAUCAAAUCAAGUGGCGACCAUUACAAGAUUAAGAAAUUGGUACCUCACGAGAAUUUUUCAAAGGCAUCAGGGAAGAAUGACGUAGGCGUCCUACAAGUCGAAGGCAACAUCCAAUUCAACAACAAUGUUCAACCAGUCGAGUUGUUUAAACAAACGGUACCCGUUGGAAAGAAAUGUCUUUUGACCGGAUGGGGAAAAGUAAACCUGAAAAAGAACAUUUAUCCGAACAAUCUUCAAAUGUUGUACUUCCAAACUAUAAGUAAUAACGAGUGCACUCAAAAAUUGCAUAGACGCGCCUCCUUUCGGCCGGGUUUGCCCAUAAAUAAUGGACAAGUCUGCGCAAAGCGCCCGAACAACCAAGGCACAUGCCAUGGUGAUUCCGGUGGGCCUCUCGUUAUUGAAGAGGGCAACAAAUUUCUUCAAAUAGGAGUCGUGUCCUGGGGAAUUCCCUGCGCCGAAGACUUUCCCGAUGUAUUUGCUUCAGUCUCUGGUAACUACAAUUGGAUACAGAGCAAAAUUAAGUGAUUAAAUUGAUAAAUAUUCAAUAUUCUAACUGAUCUAAAUAAAUAUAAUUUGAAA